CUGAAGACUGUGGACUCUGUGAUGGCUCCUGUAACUCAGACCAGACCCGAGGACAAACCUGCCUCUAUGGACACCAGCGGCUCCAACAAGCUGCGUAAACUCAUGGUGGAGAAGGUGAGGAGAGACCGCAUCAACCACAGCAUCGAGCAGCUCAGAGCACUUCUGAACCGGGGGGAGCCGAGCGGGGGGCAGCCGCCCUCCAAGCUGGAGAAGGCCGACAUCCUGGAGAUGGCCGUGAACCUCCUGAGACAGAGGGCCCUGGCCCGCGUGGCGCCCAGCUACUCCCGGGGCUUCUCCCAAUGUCUGCAGGAGACCCUGCGGCACCUGUCGCUCCACGCGCCGCUGCAGCCCGCGGAGCGGGAGGAAAUCAAGCGCUUCUACGUGCUACAGAGAGCCGCGCUGCAGAGGCACAUGUCCGGGGAGCAGGGCCGACGGACUGUCGCGCGUAAGCGGUCGGGCUCCCGAUCAGCGGCGCGGUCUCACGGCUCUCUGUGGAGGCCGUGGUAGCUCGGACACACGUUUGUGUGAAUAUAUUAGUUUGUGGACAAGCGGACAGUUUCAAGCCGCACUGUGGUGGUUCCUCUGUGCGCAAAUGUUGUCUCAGCCUGCGUGCGCGCGCUGUGUGCGUGCACUGUGGAGGCUUGGAUGCUGUGUUGGCUGUGCAACAUUUGCACAUUUUUACACUUGUGUUUCUAUUCGUUUGUCUACAAUGUACGGCAAACAGGCCCGAUUAUAAACCUGCUUUAUGUUGCCUUUUGUAAAGGCGGGAAUAGGUGUGCGGUAUGUGUGCUGUUGGUUGACUGAUCUUCUCCUCAUCGUGUUAUUAUUAAUUGUGUAUUAAACAUUCCUCUUGUUUACAGGUCUUUUCAGCCUCUUGUGUUGUGUCAUGUUUGUAUAUGUUGUGUCACUGCAGCUAAUAAACCCAGAACAC